AUGUGCAAAAGCGAGUUUCAGCCCAGCCUCCGAUUUAUCAGCAUCCUGUUAGUGCUGAUCCUCAUACUCGAAGUGAAAGGAGUAAAAUAUGAGUUCUUGAUCGAAGAUGAGAAAAUAUUCACUUCGUGCCCAAACCAAUCACCUGGGGUAUUUGGUUCGGAUGGACUGUUCGAUUUUUCAGAGUUCAAGGCGACCAUUAAUUAUGAUGUUAUAACCAUUGGAGGAAACAUUACUUCGAAAUGGGUCAUGGAUCCGACGGACCUGGUCUCGUUCCAAAUCGCAUUGUUCCAAUAUGAUCGUGGUAAUUGGCUGCCCACCAUAUACAUCAUCACCGUCAAGGACUUCUGCAAGGUCAUGUACGACAAGAACUAUUACUGGUACACCUAUUGGACAAAAUACGUGAUCAAUAAGAAGGAUGUGGAAAGCCGUUGCUUCAUGCUGGGUACAAAGCUACUUAUGGAGGAAUAUAAAUUGCAUCUGGUGUUGAACAUUGGCAGCGCCGUUUUUUCUGGACUUUAUAAAGCCAUAUACACGAUCGAGGCAUACAGUGCGUUGGGUGUUAGGCGACCAACCAGUUUCUGUUUCGAGGUCAGAGGAGAAUUCAAAAAGGUUAAAUAA